CCACCGCUACGAAAUUUUGCGGUUGAAGUCACUUCAUAAGCGUCAGUGAUCUCCCCGAUAAUCUCCGGAGCAACUCGUUGUAGCAUUUUACGUAGUUUUGCCGAACAAAUUCACGUUUAUCCUUGAGAAAAGUGCCGCAAUAAAAUUAAGAACAAGAGGUGUAACUGUCCAAUUGCUGAAAAAUGGCGAACUUUGGCUUUGGAACACCAACAACAACAGCCAACACAAGUUUCGGUGGAUUUGGAACGCCAAAAGCUACAACUGGCUUCGGCCUGACAGGAACGACCUUCGGUACACCUACCCCUGCUGCCACUGGCACUCUAACAUUUGAAACUCCAACAGCCACCCCAUCAACAAGUGCCCCAGCUCCCAAUUUCAUUUUUGGUACUUCAGCAACUGCAACCCCUCAGACUCAAACUGGAGGGUUGCUGUCUAAUCCAGCCACAACAGCUCCAGCACCCAGUUUAUUUGGUACCCCUGCAGCAACUUCUGCUGCACCUCUGACUGGCCUAGGAUUUGGAACACUCACGAGCUCUGCCGGCACUGGCUUUGGAACCCCUUCGAGUACCACUCUCACUGGAUUUGGGGCAACUCCUAGUUCAACAGCUACUGCAUUUGGGACGACUCCUGGUACCACAGUUACUGGAUUUGGAGCGACUCCUGGUGCUACUGUUACUGGAUUUGGGACAACUCCCAGUGCUACUGCCACUGGAGGACUCACAUUCGGAGCUCCAACGACCUCAGCACCUUUAUUUGGCGCUGCAUCUACAGGAGGGCUUUUCGGGGCUAAGCCUGCAGCCACACUAGCCCCAGUCACAGCAACGACUAGUGUAAAUAAGGGUCUAGGGGGGUUGGAUGUUUCUAUUAGCAACAAAGGACUUUCUCAGGGGAGUAGUAAUCUCACAGCGGCCAAGGAAAAUCUUAUACCCAAUGAAAUCACUCAGACCAUAGAUGCAUUCAAAGAAUUUGUUAAAACGCAAAAAACUCUGAGCUCGGACAUAGCCAGAGGUUCAGCAAGACCGUUGACCCGUUGCUCCGAGGACACAGCCUCCCUCAUGAAGAUGUUGACGACUCUGGCGGGAUCUGUCCAACGAGAUCGAUCAUUAGUUGAUAAAUUGAAACUAGACACUGCAAAAGCUCUCCAGAAUGCGGAAAUUUCACAGAGAACUCACGACACUCCCCCUGGGUUGCAAUAUGAAAGUAAUGCACCUCUUCAGUUCUUCAUGGAGCUCGCUGAGACCUUCGAGCAGGACUUGAUGCUCUUCAGAUCACAGAUCGAAACCACGGAGAAGCUCAUACAAACUAUGCUGACUCCUAGGGCAUUGACACCUCAAGAGUUAACCAUGGCAAUGAACAAAAUUCACGAGUCUCUGGUGGCUGUAGCUGGUAAAUUGCAAGGUGUUCAUGCCAAAGUACAACAGCAGAAGGAGCAGUACCUCAAUUUAAGAAAAUAUAUACUUAAGGAUAGUACAAAUGUCUUCGAGGAGAUGAAACCAAAUGGAAAAACCAGUAGAAAUAGCAUUGGAAGGGUCACCAGUGGACCCACUCCAUUUGGCCCCGGAAUUAAGAGUUUCCUCUCAUCAACGACAAUAACUCCAGGUCGACAGCCCAGUUAUGGAUCAGCGAAUCCUCUCGCUUGGGGUAAUGCAACGCCAGUGCCAUCGGCAACAAAUAUUACAAUGAAUGCUACGAUGAAACCACCAACGGCGAGUUUAAAUUUCAAUCCACCGUUAAAUCUGACCGCACCAUUGUCGACGAGCGAAACGAGCUCAAAUUUUCAGCUGCAAAAACCACCAGUUGGUACUAAACGUGGCAAACACUGA